GGUUCAGGCAACGCAGCAUGGUAGGGAGAGAUGUUAUUAGCGGCUAAUAUUACCUCACUUUUAAAUGGUUGAACGUGGGAAAGUAGUCUGUUGAUCAAAAAAACUGACUACAAUAAUUGAAAUACUAAGAUCCGUUUAUUGGGCACGCGCGGCUUUAAUUUUGUGGUCAAACGAAAACAUCUGAAAUGUCCAAACCUGCGCUAACGUCACUUCAUCAAGCGCUGAGGAAAAGCUUCCAGACUCUCGAAAGCAACCAGAAAGUAUGGAAGAGUGUGUUGGCCGAUUGCAGCCCUCUGAUGGGGUCUCUCGGGAACUUGGCGGAGCAGUCGCGAGCGCUUUCCAACGUCCAAAUCUCCAACACGCCGCUCGGAGACUUUCCUGACCUGGAGGAACGGCUGCGUUUUAAACUCUCUCAAGCCACGGAUACGGUGCUGGGCAAGCUCAACGAGAAGACGUCUUCUCUACAGUCCGUGAGGGAUUCCAUCAGUAACCAGGUCUCUGCAGUCUUCCAGCUUUACGAGCAGAGCACAGACAGUCUGGACCUGCUCGCCGUAACCGAGCGCUCGGCCACCGCCCCCUCAGUGUCCGACAUGCUGGAGUGGCUGCAGGAUGCCGAGCGGCACUAUCGGCAGCAAUUUCUGAGGAGGAAGACUCUGCUGCUGACUCUGAGGGCAGAUGAUCUAUCCCUUUUAGAAUCUGCUCACAAAAGAUGGAAAUCCUUGGAGUGUCCCAGUGCAGAGGACCACAUCACAGAUACACUUUGCAAAGUGUCCUUCUUUACCGAGUCCCAAUGAAGAGAGUAAAAGCGACACAGGUGGAACUCUGAGCUUCUGAAUCGGACUUGAUUUUAUACGACGGGGCUAGAAGAGAAGAGCAAACAUGCAGAACUACAUGGAUGUAUACCCCGUGGACAUGACCAGAUUUUUUAUUUUGUUAAAUAAAUGUCCCUAGACGCGGCCUUGGAUGGGAGGUGUGUGCAUGGACCAGACUUUAUAAGGACAUGAGGAAAUUACUUUAAAAAAAAUGACCCUGUGGCGUCCUGUCAUGGCCCAAACCAAAUGUACUUUAGAGCAACAACCAGAACACAAAGGGACAAAGACGGUUACACAACGCAGUGAGUGAAGCACUCUGUAACAAACUGGUUUUAUUUCACACGUUCGAUGCAGGCACAAUCAAGUCAAGGCUUUAUGUGACAAACGAAGGGGGUAACGACAUGUCAGAGAACAGCUGCUGAGCAACUCACCACAAUCUUCACAACACAGGCCAUCAUUAAAGCCACCACGACGGUCAAACUGGAUUUGACGAUACAGGCGAUGGGCUUUCUUCAGGCACUACUGUUAAUCAUAGCGCAGCGAACAAAACGUCAAAGUACCAAAGACACGUUUUAACAUUACAAGGAGAUAUACAAAAUACAGGAUGGAUAUAUUAAUAAAUAUAUAUAUUUCAUUUUAAAGCUUAAAAUUCACAGACUUAAAACUUGAGUACAUUUAGGAAAAUAACAGCAUCAACCCUUUAACUGGUUCUCCCUCCACCUCUUCCUAUACGUACUCUUUUAAUGGUACACUAUUAGACGUGAUGGGUUUCGGGGGAUCCGGUGCCGAGGCGGGCGAGUUGGCGAAGCUCCGGCCGAUGUAGCCGCGGCGGUACCUGCCGCUCCUCUCCAUGAGGGGACAGGUGCUGCUCAGCACCGCUCCGCUGAUCAUGAGGAUGACGGCGGACGCCCAGCCCAGAUAGAUGGCCUGACCCAGCUCCCGCUUGUGCAUCAGCGGCACGUUGGGGUUGUAGAAGUCCUGGACGACUGUGUUGGCGGUCCAGGAGACGGGAAUCAGCACGCACAGGCCGGUGAGGAUGAAGAGGACCCCGCCGGAGAGCGCGAUACCCGCCUUGGCGCGGCGGUCGUCGCCGGCGCAGGUGGUGCACUUCAUGCCACAGCAGGACACAGUGCAGGAGAGCCAGCCCAUGAAGAUGGCCAGGCACAUGAGGGCGCGGGCCGCCUGGAUGUCCGGGGGCAAGGCCAGCAUGGAGUCGUACGUCUUACACUGCAUGUGGCCGGUGGUCUGGUAGAUGCAGUUCAUCCAGAUGCCCUCCCACUUGAUCUCCGAAGUCAGGAUGUUGCUGCCGAUGAAGGCCGACACCUUCCACUGGGGCAGCGCCGUGACGGCGAUCGCCAUGAUCCAGCCCGUCACCGCGCAGGUGAAGCUGAUCAGCUGCAUGCCGGUGUUCACCAUGAUGACAAAUAUAUAUAAAUUUUUUUUUUUUUUUAGACCAAUCUUUGAGGAAUCGCAGGUCUUUGUUCACUACAGUCGUCUCUUAUUUCGUUAGUUAUCCUUCUUUGUGGUAUUCAAAGUCUACUCCUUUGGUUUCCUUGUCCCCUUCCUGUGUGGCUUGGACACGCUUCCUACGGCCUUUGCCCCAAAGCCACUUUGUCAGCAGCCACUCUCUUCUCUUUUCCUUUUCCUCUUCAACAUCUGCUCACUUGUUUUUAAUUCCCACGUGGCCUCAAAUCACCAUUACUCAGAAAUAAUCACUCGCUUUCUCUCUCCAGUCAUGCACCUUUUCUCCCCCCCCCCAAAAGGAUUAGAGGCACUCUCUCCUCCUCUUCAUCCCUUGUUUUGAGUCAAUGCAUUAUUGAGUAGCCGAUAGCUGUGCAGCCACCUGUGGCAGCCGACGGUAGCGGGAUCGAUCGGCCUUGUGGAUGAAAUGGAUGCCAGCCAGACAGCUUUUCUUUUUUUCCCCCAGUGGAAGUUUCUUUGCCUUCAGCUCCGGUUCAAAUCCAGAGGGCCAAUUAUUGAGCUGCAGUGUGCUUCAGUGUCACACUCCUGGUAUGGUGUAGCCUUACAGAGAUGGAUCAGCCCGAUACAACCCGAUACUUGGGUUCAAGGCCACCGAUGCAGCUAUGAGUAUAUCCUGUCACAGCAAGGUUAAAAAAGGGAGAUCACACGGAACAAAAAUUUUUACCUCGUCGACAGAGAUUCAAUAUUUGGUCCUCAAGGAAUGAACGAGACAAUCGUACCGUUGAGAUGAACAAUCGGCUGUUUAAGAGUCAAUCAAGAGGUUAUUCCAGGGUUUCCCCCCCCCCCCCAAAGAGUUCGCAGCAGACUGGUUUUUAAAUCCGUCUCUAAUUCAAAAAGAAAGCACAGGUUUCCAGAGGACUAGUCAUCAGACACUGCUGCUGCCAGCUGAAGUAUCUCCUUGUUGUCGAUGAACGGCGCUGAGGUCUAAGCCUCGACGAGGCCACUUCAGCUGCUGCUCGGCUUCACCCUGCUGCUCGGCUUCACCCGCCCCCAACCGCUUCCUCCGGUAGCAACGCAAGCCCAAAUGGGUCAGUCCUGGUUCCAGACAAGGGUAACCGAUAACAAAUCAGGGCCGUAUAGCGAGACUUGUGGGUAAGUAGAUAAUCUGUUCACCGCCUCCCAUCUUCAGCACUGCAGUCUCUACAGUCAAACCUGCCAGAGCAACAAUGAACCCCAGGAAAACAAAAAACGUUGCGGGAGGGAGAGGGCAAAAGAGGGUGAGAUAACAAAAGGCGGGAGGGAGGGAUGGCCGAGGAUGGAGCGCCGUUUGUAGGUGGAUCAGUUAACACAAAGACAACAUGGGGGGGUGUCUCUACAAUGAGGAUUAGACACUUUGUAUUGCUUUGACCACACAAACUGGCAUGUUUUAAAAGGAGCUUUCACUUACCCCCUUUUUGUCUGCAAUGAAAGGGAGAAACAGCUUCACAUAAGGGGACGUAGGUCUUUUUGUUUAGUCUCCAACGACUGGUUGAAAUGCUGACAAGCCACAGGUUUAAAAAAAGAAAAAAAAAGUAUUGUAUGAUUGUGUCAUCUGGACAAAAAAUAAAACUCUGAAUUCUGACACUUGACUUUUUAGUUUUAUCCGAUUUGUUUAGUGUCAUUCAUUACAUUUCACAGAAUUGUGGCUGAAACGUCAACUGGCUGGUCUGUAUCAGUUUAUUUAUUUUGGUUAUUGCAUGACAGCUCGAGGAGGAGAAAGAAAACAGAGCUUGGCUGUAACAGAAGGAUCCGACAGCCCCUCUUUUGUCUUCGCAUUGUGAAA